AUGAAUGAGAGGUGGAAAGAAUUCGCUGGCGCGCUGGUGUCGUUAGAGUGCAGCGGUAUCAAAUACCAGGGCAAAUUUUCCUCAAUCGAUGUAGCGAACAAAACGAUUACACUCGACCGCGCCUUCCGAGAAGGUGUGCCCAUCGGAACGAAAGAAUUUCCCGGAGCUGCGAUUGCUACAUUGAAAGUCCUAAAAACAGCUGCGGAACUAGCAGCCCCGUCGCAAACCUCGGUAGAGCAAGAGAACAUCCCCACUCAGAUUGGAAAGCAAAAGGAUGUCGCUCGGCCUGAGAAGAUUGUUGAGGCGGUCAAUUCUGUUUCGGAGAAGCGUGGUGCCUCACCCAAGAAAGUGGCUCGAGCCCGUUCGAAUGAUGAUGACAAUCGCUUCAAGAUAGGGAUAUCCCCGACGCCCUUUUACAAGACCUAUGAACCGCAGGUGCCAGCGCCUGCCAUGCCCCCACUGGAAGACCCACAAGAUUUCCAGCGACGCGGGCGCGGACGUCGGGCCCCCUGCGGCAACCCCCUCCUUGACGGCAUGAAGACGGGUCGCGUUCGUGGGAAGAACAAUGAACUCAGUCAGCCCAUCGACCGGCAGCUCCUCGACACCGAUUUCGACUUUGAGACGAAUUUGGCGCUGUUCAAGCGCGAGUCUAAUGCCGAGACUGAUGACAAGCACUACUACGAGGUCGAACAGCCGAAGGUCUCCAAAAACUUUGCACAUUAUGAAAAUAUUCUCGAGGAUCCGGCGCGGGUGACUUCGUGGGUGAACAACUCCCAAACGACGACCUCCAGCAGCAGGGGCAAUGUUGCUUCGACUUCUGUCUCCUACGAAUCCGGUGCUGCUGGUGAUAAAUUUUCGAUGGCUGGCUUCGAGUCGGCGCUGGGCGGUGCUCGCAUCCCCGUCGUCGAUCUGGACACGAAACGACGUUUCUUGAAGAAAGCUGAGCGCCACCUCGGGUCUGAUGUUUUCCACGCCAUCUGCGCUGAUCGUCUAGCCCAGUUUGUCGUCGAUUUCUCGCGCAGGCGCGCAGAACACGGGUCUCUUGUUGUCAUCGGAAACGAUUCGACCCCGCAUCUGCUGACAGAUCGGCUGUUGGUGAACCUGGCGAACAAGAAUUGCUCCGUUUUUGUGUACGGGUGUGACCCUGGGAAUGAUCAAUUGCCGAAAGUGGUCUUUGUGGACAGCCUCUCGGAGUUGCCGGCUAACAAUCGGAUUUCGGUCUGCUUGGAUGGACUAGCGUCAGUAUCCGGCGUCUUGGACUGGUUGGCAUCGAAUGCCGAGCGGCACGUCAUCACGCUGGAAAAUGGGGCGGCAAAAAUUCCGGAUGACAGGCUUCAUCGUCUCUUCAUUCUCACCCCCACACAGCAAGAGCAAAAGCCAGUGGCCGCCGGGAAGACCACCUUCGAAGUGUUGGCCGCCGCCAUCAAGGCCGCCAAGAAGCCGGGCCUCAAUUACACGAACGUUGCAGCCUUUGAUAUCGGCACGCCCUAUUGGUGGUUCCAGCGCGAAUGCCAGGCGGCCUUUGCCGACUGCUACGCCAGCAAGAACAUCAUCUAUUUG